AGUGUGAAUCGAAAUCAAUUCCGUUAUCGUCUAAAGAAACUAACUCUAAGUGGACGUUACGGUUUCGCUCCUUCUGCUCAGAGCUCCUGCAACACCGUUUUCUCUAGGUAAAUUCUUGUCCCCAUUGGGACUUGAACUUGGAACCUCCCACAAAUCCUCCCCGCCCCUUUACCACUUGAGCCAGGCCUCAAGGGCUAGCAUUGUUCAUCCUCUUGUGGGGUGUUCCUUGUCUCUUCAGGUGGCAAGGUGGCCAUGGAUAUAUCAUCUUGGGAUGGAACCCUCUCAUCAAGUGACUUCUGCCUUGCUGCUCAUGCUUUCACUGAGAAAUGGAAAAGGAUCAACCCUGUUCUCCCUCCAUGGUCAUGGGUACCUCGGCCAAAAUCACCAUGGUUGACUUCUCAUGAAGUUAGUUUUGCCCACCAUUUUUUCAUGCUCUGAUGCAUUGGUUGAUGCUAUAAAUUUCCUGUUCCUGCUUCUUAUCUUCUGUGCUACUUAUCUCUCUCAGGAAGAUCACGAUGAAAAAAGUCACAAGGGAAAUGAAGAGCCUAAUUGUCCGGGGAAAGAUGAGUACAUUGAUAAUGCUACUUUGGUCCAGAGUUAUAGUCACGAUGUACGUUACUUUGACUUCCAUAUAGUGCACAGUGCUUCAUAUAGGGUUCCAGUGCUAUAUUUCCGCACAUUUUCUAGUGAUGGCCAACCUUUGCUGUUGGAAGAUGUUGAAAAGGAACUUCCUGGAAACUCUACAAAUGUACUAAUGGAAUCAAAAUGGACAUUCAUAACUCAGGAGGAGCACCCAUACUUGAACAGACCAUGGUACAAAUUACAUCCUUGUGGAACCAGUGAGUGGAUGAAGCUGCUUUUUCUCACAGACCCUUCCCUUGGUGGUAGCCAAGGGGUGCCAGUUGAGCUAUAUCUCUCAUCAUGGAUCUCGAUGGUUGGGCAGGCGGUUGGCCUUAAGGUCCCCUUGGAAAUGUUCAACAAAAGAACAGAGUGAAGGAGGCGAGUUGUAUGAGAAUGGUUUGCCCUAAAUCUUCCAGACAGGGGUUAACAAGGCAUUUCUUCUGAUGAUCCAGUGAAAGUGAAAGUAGUGAGCGUUUCAAUAGUAUGGCUGAAGUGAUUCACUCUUUCAAAUGACAGGCAAUCUAGAAAAGACAAAAGGGUUUAUUGUGGUAUAGAGUAGAGUUAUGGGUCUCAGGGUUUUCUCCUUGAGCCAGAGUUGUAGGUGUGUAUGUAGAAUUGUUCUGUAGGAUCAGCAAUGAAUUUGAAUCAGUGAUAAUGACACUUUUGUAAAUUCAAUUUAUAUAAUAUUAAUUAAUUUUAAUUCAA